UCCCUCAAAUUCCAAUCCCUUUCAAAUAAUUUCAUUAUCAAUAUAGAAUGCAUAGGAGUCUAAGCGAAGAAUCCAACCCUAAAUUGUCAUCAAACUAAAAAGUCAAACAUAAAUUGAAAAGUCAAACAUGUUAAAUGCGAAAGAAUGUUCAAAAACAUCGUAGGCUGCUCUCACUCUCUGUCUUCUCCCCACGAACGACCAAACAUAUAAUGAAUCUUCAAACAAAUUUAAUGGAAAUCACAUCAAAAGCAGUUCAUUCCAAAACCAUUUCAUCUUCCCAGAAUCCUAAAACCCCUCGUCGGCAUGGAUGUUUUUGCGUCCAAUCCUCCACCACCCGGUUGCCACUCCACAGACCUCACCGGAAAAUUCUCCAACUGGUCAAUAACCCACCAAGCAAACUAAUCUCAACCACCGCCAGUACCACUACUUCCUCUGAUAUUCUACGGUUGUUGGACUGCCUUGGUCUUCCAGUCCCCGAUGCUGUAUACAUUUCUCUCAUCAAAGAAUGCACCCACUUUCGCGACUCCAAUGAAGCUGUUUUACUACACGCUCAUCUUACCAGGAAUCGUCGAAAUCAACCUCGGUUACCUUUACUUAAUCACAUCUUGAUUAUGUUCUUAUCCUGCGGGUGUAUACAGAACGCACGCCAGGUGUUCGACGAAAUGACAAAAAGAGAUUUCAACUCUUGGGCGAUAAUGAUUGCGGGUUAUGCAGAUAGCCAUGAUUACGAGGAAGUAAUCCAACUGUUUUCAAACUCCCAACUCCAAUAUUUGAUGGAUUGUAGCAGCAGCGUCCCUGUUUCUUGGGUUUUGGUAUGCGUUCUUAAAGCUUGCACUAACACCUGGAACUUGGAACUUGGCAAACAAAUCCAUGGCUGUUUGCUAAAAUCAGGUUAUUCAGAUGAUCUCUUUGUGGGUAGCUCGUUGAUCAACCUUUAUGGAAAGAUCGGAUGUUCUGAAGAUGGGGAGUUAGUUUUUAACCAAAUAUCUUCUCAUAAUGUUGUGGUUUGGACAGCUAGAAUCACUAAAAACUGUAAGGAAGAAAGGUUUCAUGAGGUUAUUGAUGUAUUUAAAGAAAUGGGGAAAGAGGGUAUAAGGAAAAACAGCUUUACAAUCUCUAGUGUUCUUAGUGCAUGUUCAAAGAUAAGUGAUGAUGGAAACUGUGGUGAACAAGUUCAUGCAAAUGCCAUUAAAUUAGGGUUAGCAUCCAAGAGUUAUGUGCAGUCUGGAUUGGUUAACAUGUAUGGAAAAUUUGGGUUGAUUGAAGAUGCAAAAAGGGUUUUUGAUAUGAAUGGAGUGAAGAGAAAUAAUGCAUGUUGGAACUCUAUGUUUACUAGUUUUAUACAAAAUGGGUGUCAUGUUGAAGCCAUUAAGUUUCUUUAUCAGAUGAAGGCAGCUGGGGUGGAGCCUCAGGAAUUGUGGCUUAACAAAUUAAGGUCUUUGUGUGGGAGUCUUGAAAUCAAAUAGCCAAUGAGAGUGUGAUUAGAGUAACAUGUUGGAAAUAGUAUGAUUAUAAUUUAUUAAUUUAUACUUCAUGUUUUUGUCGCUUAUAUAUAGGUCUAUAUACGUGUAAUAUCAUACCAAAACAUAUCUAUGUAAUGAAACGCUAUGUAAAUUGAAUGAAAUAUUCGGGCUUUGAUAUC